GAAGCCGCGCUCUGAUUGGUGGAGGUGCUGAGGAGCCUGUCGAGGACAGCCGUCUCAGAGUUUUACUAAAGAACAGAAAGAAAAGAUGAUUUACUGCACGAGUCGUUAGACGUUUCUAGAUGAGAAGAAGCAAUUGUUGAGUGAUUUCUGCACUUGUCGCUGAUCUGCAGUUGAACAGUGUUUUGGGGGGUUCAGACAUGAAUCCUGCAGGAUAUCUAGUGUCCAGAAGGUUGCUGCUUCAUCUCGCCAAGGCAAAGUGCACACACACGUGUGCGUCCUGGCGCUGCGGCCAGGUGAGACUGCUGAGGACCUCCGGCAGGUCCAGGACUGUCAUGCCGGCCUGGGUCAUAGACACAUACGGAAACAACGAUGUUUUGCGGUUCACGAGAGAUGCCAGCUUCCCCGUCAUCAACUACCCCAAUGAGGUGGUGGUUAAGGUGUGUGCGGCGGCUCUGAACCCGCUUGACGUCAGCAUGAGAGGUGGCUUCGGUGCUGCUACGCUGGCUAUGAAGAGAGACCCUCUGAACAUCAGCCAGUCAGGCAGUGAGUUCCCUCUGAUUCUGGGGAGGGAUGUGUCUGGGGUCAUCAUGGAGUGUGGUCUGGAUGUGAAGUACUUCAGAGAAGGAGAUGAGGUGUGGGCAGCGAUCCCACCGUGGAGGCAGGGCAGCCUGGCUGAGUUUGUGGUGCUGAGCGCCAAUGAGGUAUCCUGGAAACCUAAAUCACUCAGCCACACGGAGGCAGCAGCCCUUCCUUAUGUGGCAGCCACUGCAUGGUCGGCACUGGUGAACACUGGUGGACUCAAUAAAGACAACUGCACCAACAAACGGAUUUUGAUCCUCGGGGGGUCAGGGGGAGUGGGAACGUUUGCAAUACAGCUGCUGAAGGCGUGGGGAGCCCACGUGACAGUUACCUGCUCCCAGAAUGCCGAGGGCUUUGUAAGGGGACUCAGGGUGGACCAUGUUGUGGACUACACAGACGGACCUGUUGAGGAGCCACUCGGUGCAUUGGAGAAAUUUCACCUGAUCCUGGAUAAUAUCGGUGGAGACACAGAGCGCUGGGCGCUGGGCCUCCUGAAGCCAUGGAGUGGAGCUAAAUAUGUCACUCUUGUGACACCCUUUCUGCAAAACACUGACCUGCUGGGUGUCGCUGACGGUAUGAUGCAGACUGCGGUGACAGUGGCCACCAAGGCCCUCAAGCAUCUGGCCAAAGGAGUUCACUAUCGCUGGGGGUUCUUUGCUCCUAGCGGGACUGCACUGGACGAAGUGAAAGACCUGGUGGAUGCAGGACAGAUCCGGGCCGUGGUGGAGGAGACCUUCAGCUUUUCUCAGGUUCCUCAGGCCUUCAGCAAGGUGGAGAAGGGCCAUGCCAGAGGAAAGACCGUAGUGGAGAUCAGCAAAGGGGAGAGUGAUUCACAAGGCUGACCCCCCCCUACCACCACCACGACACAAACUGAAGUUGUUGAACACAGAGCCUCCGACUGUGGCUUUCAUGGUGCACUAAACAGUUACCACGAAUACUGCUCCUGCAGAGAACAGCUGGACUCCAUGUUGCUGAGCUGCUGAACCCAUGCACACUGUCAGCAUAAAUGUGGGUGUUUGCUUACUGAUGUUUGUCAUUUAUAUUGGAUGAAUGGA